UUCAAUCGGGACUUCAAUUGCCCUUAAUUUAAGGGUAGUUUACUGUUUGAAUCUGGUGGAAGUGGUACAACUGUGAAUUUUGAGAUACAGCCUCUCUUGCUUCUUUUCCAGAAUCUGCGUACUCUGUCACCAUGAGUUUUGGGGAACCGCUGACAACUUUGUUGGUUGUUUUAUUGAGCGUCCUACUUCUGGUGAGAUUCUUUCAAAACAACCAGCGGCAGAAAGGCAGGCUUCCCCCGGGUCCUCCUGCCCUCCCGAUCGUCGGCAACCUGUUCCAACUGGAUUUCAAAGCACCCCACAAAUCCCUCAUCAAGCUGAGUGAGCAGUAUGGCCCCGUGUUCACCUUCUGGUUCAGCAGCUUCCCUGCGGUGGUGGUGUGUGGUGCCGAAGCGAUGAGAGAGGCCCUGAUUGACCACGGGUAUGACUUCAGUGGCCGAUAUCUCUUACCCAUCAUCAAAAAAAUCUCAGAUGGCUAUGGAGUUGCUUUUAGCAGUGACGAGAGAUGGAAGCAGCUUCGGAGAUUCACUCUCAGCACCUUGAGGAAUUUUGGAAUGGGGAAAAAGAGCGUUGAGGAGAGGAUUCAGGAGGAAGCCCAGUUCCUGGUAAAAAGCUUCAGGGAUAAGAAAGGUGAACGCUUCAACCCAAACUUUCUCCUGCGAUGCGCAACGUCAAACAUCAUCUGUUCUAUCACCUUUGGAAAACGAUUUGAUUACGAAGAUAAACAAUUUCUCUGGCUGACGGAGCUGGUUGCAGAAAAUGCCCGCAGUUUGACUAGCCCUUGGAUACAGUUGUACAACAACUUCCCAAGGAUCAUGGAUUUCCUGCCCGGACCUCACCAGAAGAUCUUCCAAAAUAUUGAAAAAUUGAAAAGUUUUCUGGCCAAAACUAUUCAAAGUCACAAAGAGACUGUCCAGAAAGACUCCCCAAGGGAUUACAUUGACUGCUUCCUCACGAAGAUGGAUGAGGACAAAGAUGAGCUUAACUCCGAAUUUUUUCAAGAAAACUUGCUGCUGACAACACUGAGCUUAUCUAUGGCUGGAACUGAAACAACCAGUACAACACUACGCUGGGCUCUUCAAAUCCUGGCAAAGUAUCCAGAAGUUCAAGAGAAGAUUCAUAAUGAGAUUGAUGAUGUGAUUGGUUCUCAUCGAAGACCUGCAAUUGAGGAUCGGGCGAAGAUGCCGUACACUGACGCGGUCAUCCACGAGGUCCAGCGAUACAUCGACAUCGUUCCCAUGAACAUUCCACACAUGGCAACAAGUGAUGUGAACUUCCGAGGAUAUCUGAUACCCAAGGGUAUGUUUGUGAUGCCUGUCCUUUCGUCUGUCCUGAAAGACAACAGCCUCUGGGAGUCACCUGAAUCAUUUAAUGCAAACCAUUUCCUUGAUGAAAAUGGAUGUUUCAAAAAGAGUGAAAAUUUUGUGGCAUUCUCAGCAGGGAAAAGAAUGUGCCUGGGAGAAUCUUUGGCUCGCACGGAACUCUUCCUUUUUUUGACCACUCUCCUGCAGAACUUUGUCUUCAAGGCUGUCAUCGAUCGCAAGGACAUCGACAUCUCACCAGAUGCAACUGGAAUUCUGGUUGUACCCCAUGUGUAUGAAUUCUAUGCUGUCCCUCGCUAAAUCACCUUGAACUUUAGUGGUUGAUGUUAAAAAUUAUUUAGUUACUUGCAUAUAUUUAACGUAACAAAAUUUGGUUAUUUCCCAUUUACUCAUUCUCACUGUAGUCCAACAUGUCAGUCCAUGGUCACUUCAUGUCAAGGUCAGACAACCCUCAGUGGAACAACAGCUUAUAUUCCAUUUGGGUAGCCUCCAACCUGAUGGCAUCUCCUUCUGGUAGAAAAAAAUCUCGUUCCCCUCAUCUCCUAUUCCUCACUCUCACCUCUUACCUCUUCUCAGCUCCUCCUUCCCUUUCUGCCAUGGUCCACUCUCCUCUCCUAUCAGAUUCUUUCCUCUCCAGGCCUUUAUCUUUCCUACCCACCUAACUUCACCUAUCAACUUUGAGCUCUCCUCCUUCCCCACCGCCCCCACUUCACAUUCUGACAUCUUCCCUCCUCCUUUCCAGAGCCGAAGGAGAGCCACAGUCUGAAAUGACAGCUGUUGAUUCAUUUCCAUAACUGCUAUGUGACAUGCUGAGCUCCUCCAGCACGUACUAUGUAUUCCUUUGGAUUUCAAGCAUCUACAGAAUCUCUCAUGUUUAUUAUUAUCCACGAUUCGUGUCUUUUUAACAGUGAUUAUUACUUGUAAAUAUACAUAACAAAAAUAUACAAACAUUUUGAGUGGAUGGGGCUCAUCAGCUGUGGUUGGCAACUCAUCUGGGAGAAGAAAAACACUUGACCUCAAACCCCUGCUGCCUUGCAGCUAUACCCAAUCAUUGGGAAUCCUUCAUGAGCAAACACCCCACCCCCCACCAAAUCCAGAGCUGGAGUCCACAGGUUACUCCUAUGUUACUACUGGAAGCAUAAUUCACAUUGUUAACCCUUUGGUUCAAUUCCUCUGAUGCCUCUGCAUCCUCUGUAGCUGGAAGUCAAGUUGUCAUUACUUCAGAGAAGAAUGGGAUUCUUUGUCACACACCCAGUGAGUGCAGCUCUAAUACUGAAGAGGUUUGAUCCCCAUUUUCAGAAGACCAUUUGGCUUGCAGCUCAGCUGAACAUCUGGGUGCUCGAAGCCAGAGAAUAUGUGCAGCAGUGGAGAGAGGAUAGGUGACUAAGUUUGGGAAACUUUGGGAAACAGACCAUAAGAUAUAGGAGUAGAAUUAGGCCUUUUGGCCUGUUAAGUCAGCUCCACCAUUUCAGCAUAGCUGAUCCAUUCCCUUCUCAGCUCCUGUCUCCUGUCUUCUCCCCAUGUCCCUCAUGCCCUGACUAAUCAAGAAUCUAUCCAUCUCUGCCAUAAAUAUACCUAAUGACUUGGCCUCCACGAAUUUCACAGAUUCACCACUGUCUGUUUAAAGACUAAUUAUACACCCAUAAGUUUGUAUACCUCUGACAAAUCUCCUCUCAGUCUUUUAUGUUCUAAAGAAUACAGUCCUAACCUGUUCAAUAUUUUCUUGUAUCUCAGGUCCUCCAGACCUGGCAAAAUCCUUGUAAAUCUUCUCUGUACUCUUUCAAAUUCAGUUACAUCUUACCUGUGGGUAGGUGACCAAAACUGCACACAUUACUCCAAAUUAGGCCUCACCAACAUCUUAUACAGCAUAAAAAUAACAGUCCAUCUCUUGUACACAAUACAUUGAUUUAUGAAGGCCAAUGUGCCAAAAGCUUUUUUUACAAGAUUGUUGAUUAUUGUAUCAGUGUCCUGACAUCACGUGACAUCCAGCUUCAACACACAUCAGUUCACUAGGCGACAGAGCCGGUUUAGCAGCACACACAACAGUGUCCCAGAGUCAGCAAUCCCAGACUGAGUGUUGAAAUGGCUCUGGUCAGUAAACAGAGGUUGACAUCCUCAGGAACAUUAAUGUGUAGCAGAACAGCAUAAUGUUAUUACUGCACCAGUGACCUGCUUCAUUUCCCACCGCUGUCUGCAGGGAGUUUGGACAUUCUCCCUGUCGUCACACGGGUUUCCUCCAGGUGCUCUGGUUUCCUCCCACAAACCAAAGACAUACAGGUUAGGCUUCGUGAGGUGUGGGUGUUAGCUCAUCCACUGACUGCUACGGUCAUUGAGGUAAACGACAUAUUUCACUCUGCUUCGAUGUAAAUGUGGCAAAAAAAAUCAAAUCUUUCAUCUGCUGAUGUGGCCCUGAUUUGGCAAAUCUUCAUUAUAUUAAAAAAAAUUUAUAUCUUGUGUCAGUUAUUCAGGAACCACAGGAUAUUGUUCAAACCACUGUGUUAUUAAAAUCUCACAUUGUAAUCAACAUGUUGUUUAUUAUCAGUAUAUUGAUUUUGCAUUUAUAAAAUUCUUUAUUAAAUAUUCUUUAAACACAUUGAACACUUAAAAUUAUGAUACUUCCCUGUUUGGUCACACAGAAAUACAUCAGCUGUUCCCAUGGCAACAGUGAGAUGGGCAGUUAUUCUGUUUAAGCUGAAAAUCCAUUAAAGUUUAAAUGAGUUAUG